AUGACAGUAAACUCACUGGCAUUCCUCGAUUCCCAACCUACGGUGCUUUCUAAGGAUAAUCUGAAGGAUCUUAAGACUUAUCUAAUUAAGAACACCAACUACCUUGAUGAAGAAACUGGAAAAAUCAACAUUCUUGACAGGGUAUUUCCUGUGUUGAUUCUCUGCUUGAAGAAGAAUUCCCGGGAAGGUGAUAAGGCUGGAUAUGGAACAAUAUCCUACGAUACUUUCUCUAUCUGGUUGUCUAGAGCAACACAUUUGGUCAAAACAAAUGGAUUAGAACAUCCUGAAAUUAGAGAAGAGUUAGACUCGAUGAUAACUACCGAAAUAGCUGAUGAGCUUUACGAUCGAGUCAUUAAUUUAUGGUCUGAUUCGGGAGCUCCUCUUAGUAAUGCCUUGAAUGAAAUGUUUACAAAACUUAUAUCAUUUAUUAGAGUGAUGAAAGAACCAUCACUAAGGAACUCAAUAUUUGAAAAAUGGAUUUUGAAAACUUUGGAGAUACCUUAUUCAAGAAGGGUCUUUUACUUUUUGAUUGAACUUUUAUACAAAGAAGUUGAUUCUCCGAUGUUUAUUCUUGUCCAUGAGCCACUAUUUGUUAGAUCUUCACUCUCUUUUAUUUGGUCUAACUCUUUAUCAACCAAUAUUGGAAAAUCUGUUUCAAUGGUCUUACGUCGUGCUUAUAAAGAAUUUGAAAACGAGGACAAAUGGAUCCAGCUGUGGAAGGAUGAUGUACUAUAUGCUCUUCUAAGUAGGGAGUUGCAGCCUGGAAUUGAAACAUAUCUUCUUCCACAUUUGUUUAGAAUCUCAAAGUCGGCCACUAGACAAUUUCUAAAAUAUGUUUCUGAAUUAUGUCCGAUUUCAACAUUACUAGGCUGCCUUACUGUGGCACAAAAUACGUCAAUUAUUGUCGAACCUUUUGAUGGAGAUAAUGCUAUAAUUUCAAUAGAUCAGGUAAAAGAUCUUUUGAUGCAGGAUAAUAAAUACUUUAAAGUUACAGCUUUUAAAUUGUUGGUUACAUCACCUAAGCCAUCGAGCCCUAUAAAGCCAUACAUUUAUGAUAUAAUUCAGUGUUGCACGGACUCGUUUUUCUGCGAAAUGGAUAUAGAGACGAGAAAUAAGAUCAUCUCAUUGUUGAAAUUCUUUAUAUCUAGAAUAAGGGACUCUACCCAUAAGCUUGAUAGAGACUGCAAGAAGAUGAUAAAUUCACAACAAGACAAAUUUAGGGUAGAGAUCGAGCAAAAAAGAAUUGCAAUUAAUCUUGCGGAGAAGUUUUUGAAUAGAUUGUUGAAUGAUACUUUGUUUAACUUAAGACCUGGUUCCUCUCAUCAGCGAAAGGCAUUUGCAUUUAUGGUGUUGCUAUUGCUUAUUAGAUCAGGAUUGGAUUCAAGACUUGAACCUUUACAUCACGACAAAUUCAAGAUAGUUGAGUAUCCAUUUCAUAUUCAAAUAUAUUCCUCAGAUCUCUUAAGAACUAUGAUCGAUAAUAUAACAGAUGAUUAUGGUGACAACAGAAUUGAUUCUGUGAGAAUUUUAUCGAUGUCGCCUAUUUCCAUAAACCAAAAGCUUUUAAGCCUUGCAACAGAGAGAGCAUUCGUUUACUUGCAAAAUAUGAAGGGUAAAACUGUGGAUUCAGGGGCUCGAUAUUUUGCCUUUUUGUUCAAAUAUUACCAAUCACACGAAGAAUAUGAUAAAUGUAUACUGAUACUACAAACACUCGAGGGCAUGUUAGUCAAUGGAAUUGACGACGCGAAAAAUAAUCUAGCGGAGGCUUGCUUCAAGUCUAAUAUUCAUGGCUUUUUUUUAACUUUUGGACUCCUUUUUGAAAUCAUAGAUUUCGAAAGAUUCGGAAAAUAUGAAUAUGUGAAUCGAUUGAUUGAUUCACUAGUACAAAAUGCAAUAGCUUCUUGGAAAGUAACCCGGGAAGUUCUUCAACACGAUUCACCUGAAGGAAAUCUCCCAGAAGAAAUUGAAAAUAACUACAGUUCCAAAUUGGAGGCACAAUAUGGUAAAGGAACGCAAGUUAUAUCAAGUUACGCUUGGCGAACUUUGAAGGAAUCUUCGGUUCUUCUUGAUUCAUUAAUCAACAAUGCACCAUUAAAGUCAGAUUUAAUCCUUCUUAUUGGGCCUUUGCUUAGAGAGCAGUUAGCAACCAUUCGUCAUAGGGGUGCAUUUUCUGCUGUAUACCCAACAUAUGUUUCCUGUUGUUUGAAAUGUAGGAAGAUUCCAGAGCUACGGUUUCUGGGCCGAAAAUGGUUGGAUAAAGACCUUGAGUUGGUCACCGAAAAAUCAGACUUUAUUACACGUCGUUCGGCAGGCAUUCCCUAUUUGAUUACAGGUAACCUUACUGCAAAUCCAGAGUUGAUUGGAAAAACUUUUAAAACGCUCGAAGAAGUUGCACAUAUAGUAGCGGAUCCAGCCCAAACAAUGGAAAACGUGAACUUGCCGCAAGUGAAUGCUUUUAAUUGUAUGAAGGCGAUUUUUAUCGAUAAAGCUCUUUCAAACGUCUCUAUGGAUUAUAUCAAUGACUGUAUGCAACUCUCCUUAGUAUCAUUUGAGUCACCAAUCUGGGCCAUUCGAAAUUGUGCAAUGAUGCUUUUUACCGCUUUGGACAACCGGAUGUUUUCUUCAAGAAAGGUGCACAAUAAUUUUACAUCAGGAUAUCCUGCCAAAAUGUUCUUUGCUAAAUUUAGUUCUAUUAAAGAGACCUUCCUUAUGAAUCUUAAAGAGGCCGCUGACUCCAAUGUUGAUAAUUUGAAGCAGAUUGAACGAACAUUUCCAAUUUUGACUAUUAUGGGUCGUCUAGAACCAUCCCCAGAUAACAAUGGCAUGGAUGCCUUUAAACCAUUAAUUCUUAAAUGGUUACACAGUAAACAAUGGAAGGUCCGGGAGAUGGCAGCAAGAUCUCUUCCUGCUUUAUUUGCUUCCGAUAAGGAUCUUGCCGAGGAACUUCAUCAUCAAUUGGAUAUGCUUGCUGAUAUGUUGAACAAGGGUAAUAUAAAUGGUGCACAUGGCUCUUUACUCGCUGCAAUAGAACUUCUCAAAAGAAUUUGUGCAAACACAAUUACUCAUACGAGAAAUGGUUUGCCUAGCAGUGCAAAAGAUGCUAACAGCCUAGUUAUGGGGGCCAAAAUGGAAGCUUUGGAUAAAUUGGACAUUGUACUUUCAUCGAAGUCUCACGCAAUUGCCCUUGAAUAUUUUAAGCUACUAGAUAUAUUUCCAGAUAUUAUCGAGUUCGAUAGUGAAGUAAAGCGAAUUUCUAGGUGGCUUGAAGUAGAGUUGGUUGCUGAUCAUAAAUUGGAGGGUCUUCGGAAUUUAGCUGUCUCAAAAGUCAGUAUGAUUCUUCUUAAAACUUCCAUUCAAGGAUAUCAGAGCAAAGAAGGGCAUUGCUCUUUUCAGAGUAUCAUUCAUAGGUGUAUGAAGUCUGAUAUGUACGAGGUGCAUCUUGAAAUCAUUGACUUUUGCUGCCACAAUGAAGACAAACUUAAGGAUGCAGAAAUCUCAUCUUUGAUCAGUGAAAUUUGGGAUCUUGUUAAAAGACCUGUUUGGAGUCAUGUGAAAUCGAAGUCAUUAAAUUUGUUGAAUUUACUUUUCGUUAGAAGAAAUGUUGAUUUGCCAAUCUCUUUCGAUAGGCUUAUAAUGCGAUCGAAUCUGAUGUUGCAGUCCAACGAUAAUAAGUUUUUAAAACUUGCUUGUGUUGAAGCAUUGGGGCCUAUUGUUGGAAAGUUGUACAGCCAGAAGCAUCAUUCAGAUUUAAGAGAAUUAACUAUUGUCCAUGAAUGGAUUACUAGGGUUAGAUCAUUGGUUGACGAUAAUAUGGAAUACCCAGCGAGAAGGGCCGCAUUAUAUUCUUUAAUAGCGUUCGGUCAAACUUGUGAAAUAAGCAGGGGACACAUCUCAGACUCUACAGAAUUUGAAGCUUUACUUUUAAUUUUUCAUUUUCUAAGUGAUGAUGAUUCUGGGCUUAGAACUUUAGCGUCAAAAUACCUUUCAGGCAAUAUUUUAGGUGUGAAUUAUACACUUAUUCCAGCAAUGGCAGAAAAUAGGAUGGUGCAGUGGAUAUCAAAAACAUUGAAGGAAAAUAAUGAAUUUGUUUCUCUUAUUUUUGAUUCGAAGAUUUUCCCGGUUGCAGAUUCAAAGAAGAGAUUUGAAGAUUUAUUUACUGGUAACGAGCUUUUGUUUAGUUUCGAAAAGCAGAAUCUAUACAGAGAUGAAAUUUCCAGUUCAAACCAGUUGAAUGCAAUUUUAAAAUGCAUGAAUCCUGCGAUACUAUCGGCUAGUGUGACAGCCUUUGCGCAUGUAAUAGAAAGAAAUGUGCGUGAUGUUUUGGACUGGUUGGAUAAUAAACGACCUGUGGAUGGAUGCUUUGGCUGGUCAACAGAUCAACAAAAAGUUGAGUUUGUUUAUGAAAAUUUCAAGACAUUUGCCACUUUACUGGAAAUAGGUGCUCUUUCUGAUAAAAGUGAGUUAACUCAAAAACUUUCUGAUCUAUGUCUCGAUGAUAACCUUCAAAUCCACCCAAUCAUCGUUCAUCUUGUUGAAAACUUGCUAUCCAUUUAA